AUGAAAAUCUCGAGUCUGUUUUUUUCCUGCCAGGCAGCAGCAGCAGCGGCGGCGGCGGCACGGUGGCAAGAUCAAGAUCCGUCGCAUGACUGCAGUAAUAUGGAAAAACAUUUCCCCGUGGCCUAAAGUUGGACUCAAGUUCUGUCGCCUGUGACUCGUCGGAUUUCUAGCGUCACUCCGUGCCAUGGAGCGAUUAGAGGCUGCCUCUGAGCUUCAGUCAAGGCUGUCAUCCCUGUCUUUCUCCUCUUUCCCCGGAAUAACAUCCAAGCACUGCCAGGACAGACUGCCAGACAGGCUGCAGAAUACAGAUCUUUCACAGAGCCAUUCCCUCAGUCCACCCGAUAUGGAAGCAACCACAGAGGGUUCAAGGCAGCAUGACAAGGGUAAUGAAGAGGCUCCUGCAGAGCAAGCCCUGGGGGAAGGAGCUGAGGAGAACAGCACUGCUGGGAGCUGUCAGCCCUCUGGUGAGAUAAAAGCCCAAAUGCCGCCCCUUAAGCCCCCGACAACAUGGACAUCUGCCACGCUGAAGGAGCUGAAGGCGAAGCUUCGGACGGAGAAGGACAGCGUGGUGACAGUGUACCGAGGCGAUAUCAUGACAGUGCAUGUGCCCACCGUCCCCGAGUGCAAACGAGUGUGCUGGGAGUUCGCCACAGACGGUUAUGACAUUGGCUUCGGCAUAUAUUUUGAUUGGACUCCCGUCACCAGCCGGGCCAUCACAGUGCACAUCAGUGAAUCAAGUGACGAUGAAGAUGAAGAGGAGGACCUGGAAGGCCCCGUCAGCAGCGGAGAUGUCGAGAAGGGCUCCAAAACUUUGGCCAACUCAAAUCUGGGAGAAAUCUUACCGGUGUACCGCCAGGACUGCCACUUGUCAGUCCAUGGGGGGAGUCAUGAAUUUCCAGGUGAGGGCACUUACCUCCUGAAAUUUGAUAACUCCUACUCCCUUUGGCGAAAUAAAACUCUGUACUACAGGGUAUAUUACAGUGCCUGAGAAUCCAAGUUAUUGUUGUCUUUGAAUGUAUGAUACUGAAGACUAUUACUCCCAAGAACUAUGAACUAUUUUUGAUUCCAUUUAAAAAAAAAAAAAAAAGUUAUAUUUAAUGGUUACUGUAGGCAUAUCUAUUUUUAUCACUAUCAGGCUUGUGUUGCCGUGAGGCCACAU